GUGCAGUGGCAGUGUGCCUGUGCAGACAGAGGGAGCAGUGAACAGCGAUAGGGUGUUUCCACCAUGGUCUUCACUCAGGCCCCGGCUGGAAUCAGGGGCCACCUCCAGAUCCGCAGCCUCCUGGCCCGGCAGUGCCUGGCAGAGUUUCUGGGUGUGUUUGUGCUCAUGCUCCUCACCCAAGGAGCUGUGGCCCAGGCUGUCACCAGUGGAGAAACCAAAGGCAACUUCUUCACCAUGUUUCUGGCUGGCUCUCUGGCCGUUGUGAUAGCCAUCUACGUGGGUGGUAACGUCUCAGGGGCCCAUCUCAAUCCAGCCUUCUCCCUGGCCAUGUGCAUCGUUGGACGCCUCCCCUGGGUCAAGCUCCCCAUUUACAUCUUGGUGCAGUUGCUGUCUGCUUUCUGUGCUUCAGGAGCCACCUAUGUUCUCUACUAUGAUGCCCUACAGAACUAUACAGGUGGCAACCUGACAGUGACUGGCCCCAAGGAAACAGCCUCCAUUUUUGCCACGUAUCCUGCCCCCUAUCUGUCCCUGAACAAUGGCUUCCUGGAUCAGGUUCUGGGCACCGGUAUGCUGAUGGUGGGGCUCUUAGCCAUCCUGGACAGACGGAACAAGGGAGUCCCUGCGGGUCUGGAGCCUGUGGUGGUGGGGAUGCUGAUCCUGGCCAUCGGGUUAUCCAUGGGUGCCAACUGUGGGUUUCCACUCAACCCUGCCCGGGACUUGGGCCCACGUCUCUUCACCUACGUGGCUGGCUGGGGUCCUGAAGUCUUCAGUGCUGGUAAUGGCUGGUGGUGGGUGCCUGUGGUGGCCCCUCUGGUGGGGGCCACCCUUGGCACAGCCACUUACCAGCUAUUGGUGGCUCUGCACCACCCUGAGGACCCAGAGCCAGCUCAGGAUCUGGUGUCUGCCCAACACAAAGCCUCAGAGUUGGAAACUCCUGCCUCAGCUCAGAUGCUGGAGUGUAAGCUAUGAUUAGGACAACCCUCACUUCACUCACGGACCCUGGAGCCUGGGAGCAACAGUUAUUCUUCCUCUUUGUUAAUGUGCCAGAACCUGGGAGGUUUCUCUGUUUACCCAUUUGGCAUCCCUUCUUCCUAAACUAAGAAGGAUCCUGGACAGGGAGAAGUGGAGGAGGAUAAGGUACCAGGACUCAGGCUUCUCAUUCCCUCCUUCCGCAAAGCGGUUUUCUGACCCUCAGGGCCUCUCGUAAAGUAGUUGCUCGAGGUAGCCGCUAGAGGGUGCGCACCUGGCCGCUGGAUGGGGACUGCUGCGGGCAUCUGCAGGGUGGAGGGGGCCCCUAUCCAGUGUAGGGCACAACCCUGGGGACUGCCCUCCGUAGCCUGUUCCGACUGCCGACUCCCAGCUCUUAUCGCCUCGGCGCCUCCCACUUUCACCCCCUUGGGGGCGCCUCUCCCAGAAGGUAGUUAGGUGUGGGGA